AUGUCGGGUGUAGAGAUGGCAAAUGUCAAAAGCGAUAUUCCGUCGUGCAAACAAUUAUUCAGUAUGGAAUUAUUCGUUAUGAAAUGCGUCGGAUUGGGUUCUUUGGAAAGAGCCUUUGAAGUGGAUAAAGAUAAUUAUAAAUUACGCGCACUUAAAUAUUGGGAAAUUUUUCUUUUUAUCGCUAGUGUAUGUCUUUUAUCAACGCUUAUUUACAGUUUGGUAACAUCUUUGCCUUUUUAUUUUGGUAAAGAUUUUUCUAUGACAUGUUUUAUUGUUUCUGUUGCUUUUUCUAUGAGCAUGACUACAAUGAAGCUUUUGAGAUUAUGGACAUCUCGGGUAAAGUUUUACCAAAUUUUGGAAAUAGUUAAUAAAAUUUGGGAACAAAAUACCCGAAAAAGAGUCGAUUUAAAAGCUAAAAUAAUAAAAGUUAUCGACGACAAUAAAACUGUAAGAUGUUUGUAUGUAAUAAUUGCUUUGAUAUUGAAUGUUUGCUACUCAUUGCGCCCAUUUAUUAUGUUACUUACCACAUACUUAACAUUGCCUGAAAACGAGACCAUGACUUUUACUGAGCAGGCAUACACAGGGGUGCACUAUCCCAUAAGAUCAGACAACAUCGGCAGAUAUGUACUCUUGAUGGUAAUGGAAUUCCAAAUUUCAUAUUUUGGAACCGCGUACUUUAUUCUCGCAGAAUUGUUGUUUGUAUUCUUAACAACGUUACUAACUAUUCAUUUUAUGGUGCUUGCUGAUGAGUAUCUUUCAAUAUUUGACAUUUAUCAAAAAAAUAACAAUAAUUUAUCAUCUAUUAAUGAAAUAAUAAAACGUCAUUGUUCAUUACUAUUCGUAUGUCAGCAAAUAACGUAUUUGUACAGUCCGAUGGUAAUGGCGACGAUAAUUUUCAAUGGUAUAGAUCUAUGUUGUUCAAUUUUUGCCUUCCAACAAGAUUUUGCCGCGGGUAGAGCGGAAACUUCACUGGCUAAAAAUUUACCCCACGCUUCAAUAUUAAUUUUUCAAAUAAUAAUCUACUGCAAUUGCGCGCACAUUACAACUGAACAGGUACUAAGUAUUUAA